AUGGCAGUAAUCGACCAGGACAACUUUUCCAACAUCUCAUGGCACAGCGACCAGAACAUCCGCGUGGGCAGCUCGACCUCGGCAGAACACGAGGGGCAUGAUGAAGAAGGCGCCGGCAGCAAGUCACAACCGGGCGACGGCGAGGACCGCACCGGCCUGCAGCAUCUAGAUCCCAGCCAUAGCGGCGGCGACGAGAUACUCGAGUGCACCGUCACCGACCCUCACACCGAGAACGUGGGCACAAAAGAUGCAUACGUAUCAUACCUAAUUACGACACACUCCACCUUCCCCUCCUUCCAGAAGCCAACCUCCCAGGUGCGCCGGCGCUUCACCGACUUCGGAUUUCUCUACAAGACCCUCAGCAAGGACUACCCAGCAUGCGCCGUCCCACCCAUCCCCGAUAAGCAGCGCAUGGAAUACGUGCGUGGAGACCGCUUCGGGACCGACUUCACCCAGCGUCGCGCCUACUCUCUCCAGCGCUUCCUCUCACGAUGCUCCCAGCACCCCAUACUCCGCCGCGCGUCCCUGCUGCACACAUUCCUGGAGUCUCCCGACUGGAAUGCUACCAUGCAGAGCCGGAGCAGCCGUGCCAACAUCACGAGCUCCUCGGAGGCGGGCAGCGGUGGCGUCUUUGACAACUUUGCCGACACUUUCAUCAACGUCUUCACCAAGGUUCACAAGCCAGACCGUCGCUUCAUCGAGGUCAAGGAAAAGAGCGACAAGCUGGACGACGACCUGGGUCAAGUCGAGAAGCUCGUCGCCCGGGUCGCGCGCCGAGAGAACGACCUCGAGAUAGACCUGCGCGACCUAGCCGAGCAGUUCCAGAAGCUCAUAAACCUCGAGCCCGGCGUCGAGGCCGCGGUGCACGCGUUCGCAGCGAGCGUGGAGGACACGGCGACGGGGCUCAAGAAGCUCAAGGACCACACGGACCAGGACUACCUGGGCAGCCUGCGCGACAUGGUGGCGUUCUCCGCGGCACUCAAGAACCUCCUGAAGGCGCGCGAGCAGAAGCAGCUCGACUUUGAGCAGCUCACCGAGUACCUCAACAAGUCGACCGUCGACCGCGACAGCCUGGCGAGCGGGUACGGGGGCACCGGCGCCAGCGGACCGGCCGGGUUCAUCCGUAGCAAAAUCGAGGACGUCCGCGGCGUGGACCACGAGCAGGCCCGGCGCGAGCGGCUCCGUAGGCUGGAGGUCCGCAUCGACGAGCUCACGCGCGAGGCCGAGACGGCGAGGAAGAUGUCCGAAAUGUUCGACGAGGAGGUCGUCAAGGAGGUCGCGGACUUUGAGCGCAUCAAGCGUGUCGAGUUCAAGGGCCAGCUGGGUCGUCUGGCGGACGCGCACGUCGAGUUCUACGGCGACGUCGCCGACGUGUGGCAGAGGUAUGUCGAUGAAAUGGAGAGAGAAGGGGUCAGGCUCCCGGCUUAG